AUGUAGAACACUAGAUAGAACUUUAAUGCAAGCAAAGGCUUUGAUGAGUUUUCAGCAGGUGGUCCAUUAUCUAAAAAUGGAGCUCAAGGACAAAGCCCGUUCAAUUAGACACACGGAUCAAUGGCCUAAACAACAUAGCAAAAUACUGCAAACAUAAAGGGUAAACUCGGCUCACUUGAUGAAAUGAUAAGAUAACUUGCGGAUGAACUGAAUUACCAUAAGAAGGAGGUGUAGGUGUUGAGAUCUGAAAAAGAAUCACUUGAGAGCGUUUUAACAAUGAAGACUCAGGAUGUUAGAAAGACUCUAACCAAUGAGCUAUUUAAGGUAGAAGAAGAGAUGAAGAGGCAUUAUGCUCAUUAAAAGGCUGAAAACGCAAGAAUCUAGUAAUAAGUAACAGCUCUCAAGGGAGAAAAGACCGCUCUCGAUAUGCAACUCCUGGAAUUAGAAAGAAGAAUGGCGGAGUUAGAGCUCCAAGUUGGUCACGAUUAACAUCACUGA